AUGGGCUCUCUCCCCGUGCUGGCGCCGUCGCGGCUCUUCGAGCCGCUCAAGAUCGGCAAUGUCACCCUGCAGCACCGGCUGGUGAUGGCGCCGCUGACGCGGUUCCGCGCGGACGACGCGCACGUGAUCCUGCCGAUCGCGACCACGCACUACAGUCAGCGGGCCUGCGUGCCGGGCACGCUGCUGAUCACCGAGGCGACCUUCAUCUCGCACCGGGCCGGGGGAUACAUGAACGUGCCCGGGAUCUACACUGACGAGCAGAUCGCGGCGUGGCGGCGCGUCGUCGACGCCGUCCACGCCAAGGGCUCCUACGUCUACCUGCAGCUGUGGGCGCUGGGCCGCACGGCCGACCCGGCCAUCGCGGCGAGCAAGGGCAUCGAGAUCGUGUCGUCGUCACCCACGCCCGUGAACCCCGGGAGCAGCCCCGUGCCGCGCGAGAUCCGCCGCGACGAGAUCGCCGGCUGGGUCGACGACUACGUGCAGGCGGCGCGCAACGCGGUGGAGAAGGCCGGCUUCGACGGCGUCGAGAUCCACGCCGCCAACGGCUACCUGAUCGACCAGUUCACGCAGGACGUGUGCAACACGCGCACCGACGAGUACGGCGGCAGCAUCGAGAACCGGAGCCGCUUCGGGCUCGAGGUGGCGCGCGGCGUCGUGGCCGCCGUCGGCGCCCACCGCGUCGGCAUCCGCCUCAGCCCCUUCAGCACCUUCCAGGGCAUGAAGAUGCGCGAGCCGCUGCCGCAGUUCCGCCACUUCAUGGACGGCCUCAAGGACCUCAACCUCGCCUACAUGCACCUCGUCGAGGCCCGCAUCUCGGGCAAUGCCGACGUUGAGACCACCGAGACAAUCAGCCCCCUGGUCACCCAUUGGGGUCACGCCUCCCCGCUGCUGCUCGCCGGUGGCUUCACCCCGGCCAGCGCCCGCCGCGCCGUCGAUGAAGAUUACAAGGAUCUGGAUGUCGCCAUUGUCUUCGGUCGGCAUUUUAUCUCCACGCCUGACCUGGUGUUCCGAAUCGCAAACAACAUUGACCUGAGCCCGUACAACCGAGAUACCUUCUACACUCCCAAAUCAGAAGUGGGCUACAUCGACUACCCUUUCAGCAAGGAGUUUGAAGAAGCACAAAGCAGGCUCUAG